CACCACACGGCGCACUUCCACGCCUACAUGGCCGUGGCGGCGCUCUGGGCCGUCGCCGGCAGCGUCUGGCUCGUGCACCUCAACGCGCAGUGCGGGCGGCUGUUCCCGGGCGAGGAGGAGGCCGGCUUCAGCAACUUCCGGCUGUGGGACGCCGUGGGCUUCAUCCUCGUGAGCGGCUACAGCAACUUCGUGUGCAUGCGCGCCAAGCUGUACAUCCAGCUGGUUGGCGUGUUGCUGGGCGCGGCGAGCUACCUGCUGCUGGAGGGCUCCCGUCUCCGGGCCGGCGCGAGCCGCUCCUUCGAGGUGUCCGGCUGAGGCCGCCGGCCGGGACCCCGAGU